GAUAUUGCGCGCGCACAUUGCGUAGGAACCCGUUGCGCACGAAUUCUUCGUUGGACUGGUGGUCGGUUGCUAUGGUGUGAGAGUGUUUCGUUGUUCACGAAUUCGUUGGAUUGUUGUAGGCAGCUUUAUUAAAUUAAAAAUGACAGAUUUUUACAACCCAGUGGUAGCAACACAGCAACACAACCGUCAUCAGUAUUGGAAACCUCGCAAUUAUUCUCGUCUGACGCUAUAUUGUCAGUACCCUUGCCAGAAAGGCAAUUAACAUCGCCAUCAUCAACGACAACAACAACAACAACAACAACAACUCAACAACCCGAAGAAGAAUCGGUUGUUACUUUAACGGCAGAAUUAACAUCUCCGAAUAUUUGUGCACCAUUUUAUUGUACAAAAGUAAUGCAACUUGAAAAAGAUGAUCUUGCGGAAGAUCAAGAUCAACGCAAAGCAACACACGUCACGGUAAUUAUUCAACCGUAUCAACAAGAAUCUUCAUCGUCAGCACCAGCCUUUUUUGAAAGGGAAGUUCAAGAUAUGGAGGUAACACAUAAUAAUGAUUCGCAGUCGUUAGAAAGAAAUUGUUUUUUUUUUGAACCUACGAAAUUAAAUACAAUUCUUCAAGCAGAUGUAGAAAUUUCUAAUGAGUUUUUAACAAAAAAACACAAAUUAAACCCAAUUAAUUCGUUAUUGUGUUUAUGUAAUUACGAUCUUGAGGAAGUAUUAAUAACUAUCAAUAUUUCUACACGCGGAGGUAAUGGACCAAAAGAUAAAUCUACCCAACAAGCGGUCAGCGGUAUUGUUUUUGAAGAUACAUACAUUACGAACAACUUUUAUGAAAAAAUUGUGCAAGUAAAACAAAAUAUCUUACAAAAAUUUGUUGAAAAAAAUUCAGAACUUACCGCUUACGGAAUAUCGUAUGUCCAAGUAGCUGAUAAUGUUCAUGAAAUCAAAAAAUAUGAUAAUAUCGAUUACAAUAUGAAGGAUAUUGAUGAGAUGCUAUUCCAAUCUCGCGAUAUAAAUCUUGGAGAAAUACUGUAUGAUUCUAUAUCAAUGUUUUAUACUGCCGAUAGUAAAAUCUUGCGUUUUAAAAAAGUUUAUUUAAGACUUUUUUUUGGAUUUAUUGAUCAAUUGACUGAAAUUUCAUUAAAUGACAAAUUUUUAUUUGCUGUUGAGCAUUCGAAUUACCAUCAUUGGACAAAAUCAAAAGAAUUAUUUUCACAAUCCAAUGAUAUAUUGGAUGAGUUUUAUGCAUUGAUGUAUAAUAUUAUACUUACUGGCGAGGUUACUUAUUGUUCAUUUGUACAUAAAGUUAAACCAUCAGACUCCGCAUGUAUUAAUACUAGGGAGAACAUUGCUAUUGAUCUUAACGACGACACUGUAUCGAAUAACUCUUCACCAUCAUCAUCAUCAUCAUCAUCAUCAUCAUCGCCAUCGACGGGCACAACCUUGCCAAAACAAAAUGAUAAAAUUCUCAAUCAUUUGAAGGAAAAGGAAUUAUUUUUUUACGGCGAUCAAUCGAUUAACAAUUCUAAUAUAUAUACAACAAUUUCAAGUGGAGGUGUAAUAACGCCUUUUUCAUGCAAUAAGAAUGUUGGUAAUAUGAUGAAUUUAUUAUUGGAAGGUGGGCCACAAUUAUGGUUGAUUGUGGAUAUGGCGCAUACUGCUCGCAUUAACCAGAACUUUUGUGUUAAGCUUAGCAAUUUCAAUGUCUGCAAUACUCCACUACUCCAUUCAAAGUACACUCUUGAUUUAGAUUUUUUCAAAAAAAAUAAUAUCAAUUAUCAAAUUAUUAUUCAAAAACCAGGUGAUGCCGUGGUAAUUCAAGAAAAUGUUUAUUUUCAAUCAAUCUCUUUAAGUCUUUCAGUGUCAGAAACACUUUAUUACGAUUCGCAGUUUACGUAUUUAAAUUAUUUGUCCAAUUGUCCAGAAUUGAAAAUGUAUAAAAAUAAAUUUGAAAAAGAAAUUAAUCCAUCGAUCGAAGCAAAUGGUAGCCAUUUACAAUUGAAAAUUAAAAAAAUAUCAAAGAUUUUCAAAUGUGAAAUAUGUAAAGAAUUCUCCUCGAAGGAUAAUUCCGCUUUACAAAAUCAUUUGCGGACUAAGCACUACAACCCCGAAAUUAUUCACAAAUGCACAGUUCCUGGUUGCGAGAAGGUAUUUUCCAAUAAGUAUUUAAAAAUUCGUCAUAUGAAUAUGGUGCACGCAUCUCAAGAGUUGGAUCAGUGUAUUUUUUGUUUCAAAAAAUUUAGCAACAUUUUUUUGCAUUUAAAAAACAUACAUGAGUACACUGUUAAUUCUUGCUUCCAUUAUUUUGUCGUAUUUAAAACGGAAUAUGAGAAAUUAAUAAAUGAAGUUUCUUGUACCGAAUUUAAUAAUAAAACAAAUGAACAAAAAAGGAUUUGCAUAAUUAAAAAAAUGAAGAAUUUAGAAAGUCGAUUGUUUACCGAACAUCCAAUAUUAAAUGAAAUAAAUAAUCAGGCGGCUAAUAAUAAUGGAGCAACGAAAAAGAAAAUAUACAUUAAGAGUUCUGUUAUUAAGUAUCAAAAAUCGGUGAAAUUGGUUACCGAUAAUAAAAAAACUUGCCAGUAUUGUAAUAAGUUAUUUAAACAAGUUUGGUCUAAAAUCAGACAUGAAAAAACAAAUGCUUGUAACAAAAGAAAAAAAUAAGAAAAAAAACAAACAAAUCAACUGAAUAUAUAUAUAUCGUGUAAGUAUUGUAUUAUUUUUAAAUAUGUUACAUUAUAUUGUGAAUAAAAAUCUGUAUUAUAUAUUAAUAUUAUAUUUUUUAUUUUUUGGCAUAAACUAUCGAUGUUAAUCCCACUGUACUGGCGACGACGCCCUUCUUAUCUUUCUUAAAA